CGUCCCUCAUUCACUGACCUGUCAGAGCACACGCAGCAUCAUCUCCAUCAGCAUGGCCUCCAGCUAUUCCACCCGAAGCUACAUGUCCUCCGGCAGCUCCAUCCGCAUGUCGAGCAGCAGUAGCAGUCAGCGGGUCAGCAGCAUGCGGGGUGGCAGUGUUUAUGGCGGUGCUGGAGGAUCAGACGUCCGCAUCUCCAGAGCCACUCAUUCUGCUGGAGGCUUCAGUCUGUCUGCAUCUGCAGACAACAGCAGCAUCAUCGGCAAUGAGAAGAUCACCAUGCAGAGCCUCAAUGACCGUCUGGCCACUUACCUAGCCAAGGUGCGUGCACUGGAGAAGGCAAACGCCGAGCUGGAGCUGAAGAUCCGACAGUUCCUGGAUGGCAAAGCCUCCCCGAAGACUCGCGACUACAGCGCGUACUAUGUCACCAUUCAGGAUCUGCAGACCAAGAUCAUGGCAGCCAUUCAUUUGAAGGGUGGACUCCAUCUCAGCAUCGACAACACCAGUCUGGCAAUGAACGAUUUUAAAACAAAAUUUGAAAUGGAGCACGUCAUGCGUCAGUCUGUGGAAGCUGACAUUGUGGGCCUGAAGAGGGUGCUGGAUGACCUCAACAUCUCCAGAAAGGACAUCACCAUGCAGAUCGAAGGCCUGAAGGAGGAGCUGGUGUUCUUGAAGAAGAAUCAUGAGGAGGAUCUCUUGGCUGCACGCGCACAAAUGAGCGGACAGGUCCACGUCGAGGUAGACGCCGCUCCACAGCAAGAUCUCACCAAAAUCCUGGCAGAAAUCCGUGAGCAUUAUGAAUCGGUCACAGCGAAGAACCAAAGAGAUCUGGAGCAGUGGUUCAAGACAAAGACAGAAACUCUGAAACAAGAAGUCGUCACCAGCUCCACAGACCUGAAAACAUCUCGCUCUGAAAUCAACGCGGUAAAAUCCAGACUGCAGGCAUUGGAAAUCGAACUCCAGUCCCUCCUAGCCUUGAAAGCAUCGUUGGAGACCACGCUGUCCGACACAAAGAAUCGUUACUCUGUGAAGCUCUCUGGCUACCAGCAUCAGGUCACUGUCCUGGAGGAGCAGUUAGUGCAGCUCAGAGCUGAUCUGGAGCGCCAACGUCAUGAUUAUCAGAUGCUUCUGGACAUCAAGACCAGACUGGAGAUGGAGAUCGCUGAGUACAGGAGACUGCUGGAUGGAGAAGCCACUGUCAAAACAACCUCCACUUCCAGCUCGAGAACAAAAGUCAUCACAGUCGUGGAAGAGGUUGUAGAUGGAAAAGUGGUUUCCACCUCCAGCUCUUCAACCAUGUCUGGCAGUCGCAGAUUGAUCUGACAUAAUAAUGCCUGUUUGAGUUUGCAGUAUAUGCACAGAACUGGAAACCAAAUAAAACAGCAUUUUACAGUGUA